UAUCAAAUUUCCGGCGCCCCAGAUCGAAUCACGUAACCCUGUUCUUUUAUACAUAUAAUCCAGAUUUGAUAAAGUUUAUGCGGUGGAAGAAGUGAAAGAAUCGUGAGGUACUGAGGGUGGAUACUCGUUUCUCUUUAGAAGGGUUUACUUUCAGGUGUAAUCACAUUUGAGCAUAUUGUACUACAAAAGAUGCAGAGCAUUAGUUGCUCUGAUGAAGAAAAGAAGUUUCAAGUUCGAAAACUUGAGAUAUCUGACAAAAGCAAGGGCUUCAUAGAGUUACUGCAACAACUAACUGUAUGUGAUUCUGUCUCCGACCAAGAGUUCCAAAGCUGCUUUGAAGAGAUCGGCUCAUAUGGUGAUAACCAUGUUAUAUGUGUAAUUGAAGAUGGAUGUUCUCAAAAGAUUAUAGCAACUGGAAGUGUGUUUAUCGAAAGGAAGUUUAUAAGAAAUUGUAGCAAAGUUGGUCAUAUAGAAGAUGUUGUGGUUGACUCAAACGCUCGAGGGAUGCAAUUAGGAAAGAAAAUUGUCGAGUACCUUACUGAUCAUGCUCGUGCUGUGGGGUGUUACAAGGUGAUCCUUGACUGCAGUGCUAAGAACAAGGCAUUCUAUGAGAAGUGUGGUUUUGAGCAAAAAGAACUUCAGAUGGCGAAGUAUUUUAUAUAAGUAAUGCACGACAGGAAACCAUCUAUGUUAGAAGGACAUUGACUGCAUCAAAAAAUUUCAGGUUUUUUGUACUUUCAACUUUGGCCUAAUAAUGACAGUUAUAUACUGGGGAUAAACAAUGCCAUGUUUAAGAAAUUGAAAUAUAAGCAAUGUUCUUUGAUUGCUGAAAUUUAUAACUCUCCGUGGAUUCUUAUUUGUA